UGGGUUAGUUAACGCUCACUAAUGGAGUGUGGAGAUUUUUUUAGGAGUAGUGUUAAUAAUGUGUGUUUAAGCUGUGCUGUGUGUUUGACGGGUUUGACAGGGUGAAGUCGGUCAGGCGGUGUUCAGAGUGAGCAGAGAGAGAGGGAGAGAGCGGGCGGGGAAGCAAAGAGAGACACAGAGAGACUGAGAGCUAGUCCGGAGCGUCUCGCCGGUUAGAGGACAGAUACAGACACGGGCAGGGUUUUACACCUAGUUAACUACUCUACAGAAAACUAUACUGUCUUAUAAUGUGAAUAGUAGACGCCGGACUCACACAGAGCCGCGGUGUAGACGGGGUUUAGGGAAUAAAUCAUGGUUGUUUCUUAGCUAAGCAGCGCUAGCGCUAGUGGAGGCUCCGGUGUAGCUAGGUUAUGUUAGCUCAGCUCGCUCUCUCUCUGGGCUUGUUUUAGGGUGAACAGAGAGGAGCGGCGGUUUAAACUCAAGUUAAAUCAGAGCUGUGAACAGUGGUGAAAUUAUCUCGGACGCCGGUCCCCUUCGCCCCGUGUGCCCGGCCGCUGACGGACAGUCAGACCGGCAGAGAGCAUGGACACGCAGGGGAGGAUAGCAGCCAGCCCGGCGGACACAGCGGACUUCACCGUGGAGAACGUGGAGAAGGCUCUGCACCAGUUGUAUUAUGACCCCAACAUUGAGAAUAAGAACCUGGCUCAGAAGUGGCUGAUGCAGGCUCAGAUCUCCCCUCAGGCCUGGCAGUUCUGCUGGGCUCUGCUCAGUCCAGACAAGGUCCCAGAGAUCCAGUACUUUGGCGCCAGUGCCCUCCACACCAAGAUCUCCCGCUACUGGGGGGAUAUUCCCGCUGAGCAGUAUGACACCCUGAAGACACAGCUCUUCUCUCAGAUCGCCCUGUUUGCCUCUGGCUCCAAGAUCGUUCUCACACGCCUGUGUGUGGCUCUGGCUUCACUGGCCCUCAACAUGAUGCCCGAGGCGUGGCCAGGUGCCGUAUCUGAGAUGGUGCGCAUGUUCCAGGAGGAGGGAGGUGGAGUGGAUGGUCGUGCCCGCUGCCUGGCCCUGUUGGAGCUGCUCACUGUGCUGCCAGAGGAGUUCCAGACCAGCCGGUUGCCUCAGUACCGCAAGGGGCAGGUGCGGGGAGCCCUGGGGCGAGAGUGGGCCGCAGUGUACCCGCUCCUCCAGCAGCUGCUGCGCCAGCCUGACUCACCAGCAUUGGUUAAAGCGAGAGUGCUCAAGUGCCUGUCCAGUUGGGUACUCCUGGAUGUGCCACUUAGUGAGAGUGAGGGCCUGUUGGAGGCAGGAUUCGCCGCCCUCUCUGACCCAGAGCUCUUCGACACAGCCGUGGAGGCCAUUGUCAACGCAAUCUCGCAGCCCGACUCACAGAGGUACGUGAACACAUUGCUGAAGCUGGUUCCACAGGUGCUGCAGCUACAAGAGCAGUUACGUGAAGCUGUACAGAAUGGAGACAUGGAAACAUCACAUGGGAUCUGCCGAAUCGCAGUCUCUCUAGGAGAGAACCAUUCCAGGACGCUGCUGGAGCAGGUGGAGCACUGGCAAAGUUUUUUGGCACUGGUCAAUAUGAUCAUGUUCUGCACAGGAAUCCCUGGACACUACCCGGUCAACGAAACCACAAGCUCCCUCACUCUCACUUUCUGGUACACACUACAGGAUGACAUCAUGUCCUUUGAAGCAGAGAAACAGGCUGUCUAUCUCCAAGUGUACAGGCCCGUGUAUUUCCAGCUGGUGGACGUCCUGCUCCAUAAAGCCCAGUUCCCCACUGAUGAAGAGUACGCCUCCUGGUCCUCUGACGAGAAAGAGCAGUUCAGGAUUUACAGGGUGGACAUAUCAGAUACGCUGAUGUAUGUCUAUGAGAUGCUCGGAGCAGAGCUGCUUAGUAAUCUUUAUGACAAGCUAGGCAGACUGCUUACCAAUGCAGAACAACCAACGUCCUGGCAGCACACAGAGGCUCUACUCUAUGGUUUUCAGUCCAUAGCAGAAACGAUAGACGUGAACUACUCAGAUGUCAUUCCUGGCCUGAUUGGCCUUAUUCCCCGAAUCAACAUUAACAACGUGCAGCUUGCAGACACAGUCAUGUUUACUAUAGGUGCACUGGCAGAAUGGUUAGCAGAUCACCCGGUGAUGCUGAGCAGUGUGUUGCCCUUGGUGCUGCAGGCUUUGGGAAAUCCAGACCUGUCUGUGUCCAGUGUGUCCACUUUAAAAAAAAUCUGUAGAGAGUGCAAAUACGACCUGCCCCCUUACGCCACAAACAUAGUUGCAGUGUCACAGGAAGUGCUUAUUAAACAGAUCCACAAGACGAGUCAGUGUAUGUGGCUGAUGCAGGCUUUAGGCUUUCUGUUAUCUGCUCUGCCAGUAGAGGAUAUUCUGAGGAAUCUUCACUCACUCAUCACUCCCUACAUCCAGCAACUGGAGAAACUGGCUGAGGAGACGCCGAAUCCCUCCAACAAACUGGCUAUCAUCCACAUUUUGGGCCUGCUUUCCAACCUCUUCACCACGCUCGACAUCACCAAGCAGGAGGACGAGUCUGGAGAGAGUGUGCCACCUGUCAAAUCAACGGUGCCACAAACUGGUCCCAACCCAGUGGUGGUGGUGCUGCAGCAGGUCUUUGCCCUCAUUCAGACAGUCCUUAGUAAAUGGCUGAAUGACUCACAGGUUGUAGAGGCUGUGUGUGCUAUCUUUGAAAAGUCAGUCAAGACUCUACUCCAUGACUUUGCUCCUAUGGUGUCUCAACUGAGUGAGAUGCUUGGCCAGAUGUACAGCACUAUCCCACAGGCCUCUGCGCUGGAUCUGACACGCCAGAUGGUGCAUAUAUUUGCCAGUGAGACAGACCACUUUCCUCCGAUCAAAGCCCUGUUUGAGUUAGUCACCUCUGUCACACUCACCAUCUUCCAGCAAGGGCCCAGGGAUCAUCCUGAUAUUGUUGAUUCAUUUAUGCAACUCCAAGCUCAGGCUCUCAAACGGAAACCCGAUUUGUUCUUAUCUGAGAGUCUCGAUGUGAAAGCGGUGUUUCACUGUGGAGUCCUGUCACUCAAAUUUCCAGAGGCCCCAACAGUAAAGUCUACCUGCCUGUUCUUUACUGAGCUGCUACCACACUGUGCAGACAUCCCUCCUGUGGGUCAGGUGGUGCAGCAAGAUGGCAAACUCCUGCUGCUGGCUGUACUGGAGGCCAUCGGUGGUCAGUCUUCACGCAGUUUAAUGGACCAGUUUGCAGAGGUGCUGUUCUCUAUGAAUAAGCACUGCUUUGGACUGCUCACUGUGUGGCUCAAAGAAGCCCUGCAGUCUCCAGGCUUCCCCUCCUCCCGCGUAUCAGACGAACAGAAAGACACCUUCAGCCAGCAAGUCCUCAGGGAGCGAGUGAAUAAACGGCGUGUGAAGGACAUAGUUAAAGAGUUCACUCUGGUAUGUCGAGGUUUGCAUGGGACAGAAUACGCAGCAGAGUACUGAAGAGCCCGCAACCAAUCUCCCUCCCUCCACCCACCCCCCCCACCCCCCGAGUCCAAAGCGAUCCAAAACUACAAUUCCAAGCAGCCCCGACUGGAAACUCCACUCAGAGAUGAGCAGUGAUGAAGUGAUAGCCUGACAAACAGAAUCCGUUCAGAGCAUGCACUGUAAGGACCACAGAAGAACGCUCUGUCUCGUUUCGAUCUUUUCUCUUUUUUAAUUUUUUCUUCCGCCUUGCUCUCGCUGGCCUGUUGCUGGACAUCUGGAAGGUGGUCAGUGCUGCCUGUUUUUGAGUGGCAGAAUUUUUCAUAUGAAGCCCAUCUCUCUGCCUUCCCCCUCACCUCCACCCCUGCAGCAUGUGGAUUGUAACUCUUUCACCUCCUUUUCUCACGUUUCCUUGAUCUUCCGUGGCUCCUAGGCUGUUUUCCUUGUGACAAUUUGACAAUGUACGAACAAAGAACCUAGUAGUAAUUAAAUGUUUUAUUUUUUAAUUUAGAGAUACUGAAAGCUAAAUAAGUAUAUACACACAUAUAUUUAAAUCUAUAUAUAAACACUUAUAUAUCUAGCAAACCACGGGAGGUGUGUGUGUGCGUAUGCGAGUCCUUAUAGCUACUGCUACUGACAGAGAGAGGGACCAAUGAAGAACGAUUUUUGUUUUUGUUCUCUGUGGCUUUAUAUAUAUAUAAAUAUAUAUAUCUAUAUAAUAUGUCUACCUAACCACCUCCACUCACACCAUUAUGCUGCCAAACGUUGUGAACUUUGUCAUGUGUCUUAGAUUUUUUUUUUUUUUUUUUAAUAUUGUGAUGAAUUAUUUUUGAUAUGUGAAAUUAGCACACACAUGAGACUGGCAAGAACUAAUGUUGGGAGUAUGACGUUACGUUGUACAAACAUCAGACGUUUGCAGUCAUGGAAGAAGAUACACAACUCACUACUAGGUUUCUGCUCUGCUCAUGGUGUCCACUGGGGGAAGCUACUGGGAGCCCUGGAUGGCUUUGGAUAAACCUACCUGUGAAUGUUCCCUGUGUGUCUUUUCAGAAUGUGUGUAUAGUUUCCACAGCAUUUGUGAAGACAGGAGGAGCAGUCACAUCCGUAACUGUGAGCUGUGCACCCAACACUGUAACGCCAAGCGGAAAUCUUAUUUAUCAUGUUUUAGAACCACAAAUGGUCCUUUAGCGCGCGUGUGUGUAUGUGCGCGCGUAUGCGCAUGUGCCUUUGUACACCUGCGUGUGUGAGGGCUUGUCCAAACUGCAGCCUCUGUAGACUUUUGAGUGCACUUAUUAAGAAACUGAACACAAACCCCUUACUACGACGUCCUUAUAUUUUCCCGCUGUUCGAGGUACCUGUAAUGGACACUGCUGUGGCCAGGCCUCUCUCUGUCCCAGUCUACUGCCCGGCCGCUGCCUGCAAACAUGUAGCAUGUGUGUUUUAACCUUUUGGGCUGGAGAAUCCGGUGUGCAGCAAGCGAAUGUGUCGUGAGCAUUUAGCAGGUUAGGGUGUGGUCUCCUCCUGCAUGUGCUUACCAGUGGUGAUAGAUUCUAGAGGAAGGGAGGGGAUGAUAAUAGAAGGGGUGACAUGUACAUGUUUUUUUUCUUAUUUUUUCUUUUGUACUUUGUUUUAAUUUAUUAAAUAUAUCUAAGAUGGCAUCA